CCUUUUUUUUUGGGGGGGAGCUAAUCACAGCCAUUGGUUCCUGAUCCUGUGGUUGCCGCGGGCGUUUCAGUUGGGGGCAUCAUCGCUUUGAAUAAAUCCCGAUUCUAUCUCUAAAAGCCUUUUGCCUCUGUCUGGGGUUUUAGGAGCCGAGAAGGGGAGAGGAAGAACAGCGAGCCGAAGAAGAAGAGAGGAGAGAGCAAAGGAUUUAUGUCGUCUGAUUCCCUCGAAUCAGCGUUUCCCUGUCCGUUGCUGCUUCCAGAAAGCCGAGCUCUGCGCCAGAUCUCUUCACUCUCUUGUUCUUCGUCGCUUGGCCUCGCUGUUCUUCUCGCCUUCUCCUCUCCCUCUCGUAUGCGACGGAGGCCGGAGGGAUCGAAGACGGCUUUGAUGCGAUUGCGAUCUUUUGGGGUUGGAUUUGGAGUGAAAUACCUUGGAUUCCAACAUGUAGAGAAUUUUCUCUUCAUCUUCAUAAGAGGCGUCCUUUCCUGACAGAGUUAAUUGUUUUUUUGUUGCCGCUUUUUAGUUUUUUUUUCCCUCGAUUUUGUUCUCUUUACAGAGGGAAAAGAGGAGAAAAGAAUACCCGGGCGUCAAAGGCAUCUCUCGAACCAAGAAAGAAUCAUGUUGAAUAGAAAAGAGAGGAAGAAGAGGAUUAAUCUCGGCGGUCUCAAAUAUGGAGCGAAACCGCUGACGGUGGUGAAAAAAAUUCGGAUCCAUUUCGAGGAUCCGGAAGCGACCGAGUCCAGCGAGGACGAGGUAGAGAGGGUGAUGAAUUGGAGGGGAAGGAGACGGGUGAUCCAGGAGUUCGCUGUAUACCCGUUGGCCUCCUUUUCCACCCGGGCCCCCGCCUCGUCCCAAGAGAGCAGCGAGAGAAACCCCAAAACGCCCAAAUAUUUGCACAAGAACGCCAAGGCUCCCGGCUCGACGAGUUCGUCGUCCACCACCUCCCCGUCGAGGCACAAGGGUGUCCGCCAGCGGCCGUGGGGGAAAUGGGCGGCGGAGAUCCGUGACCCCAUCCGCGGGGCCCGCAUCUGGCUCGGCACCUUCAAAACCGCCGAAGAGGCCGCCCGCGCCUACGACGCCGCGGCCAAGCGCUUCCAGGACGAGAAGAGCGGCGUCUCCGCCGCCCCCGCCUCCAUUUCGAUCUCUACUUCCUGUCUCGCUGUGGGCUGCUCCGAGGCGGCGGCACCCUUCUCCGUCCCGUCGCCCUCCUCCGUCCUCGACCUCUCCGCCGCCGUGGUGGCGGCGUCGGACGGCCAGGGCUCGCCGUCGAAGAAGGCGGCGAUCGAGGAGGAGCGGUCCAUCGCGGAUCUCUUUGCAGAGCAACCGCUGCCGUUAACGGAGCUGGUCUUCGAUUUCGGAUCUGAUCCGUUCUUCCCGCUAACCGACUUCGACUCGGUCGACCACUUUCUGGGGCCCGCAGACCUACCGCACCAGAUCGACGGCGGUGAUUUUGCAAGCAUCGACGGCUGGAUGGACCUGGACCUCUGAGAGAGCAAAUUUUUGUAGUUUAAUCAAUAAUCUAUAUUAUUAUUAUUAUUCUCUUAAGAAAAUGUUCCGAGUAGUUUGUGAUGUGGUGAGAGAAAUAAGGUCUAAAAGGGUUGUUAUAAUAAGAGGGGUUCGUUUCGUUUGUCUCGGCGAGUAGAAGAAACAAGAGGUCUGAUGGGUUUGGUGAGAAUUUCUUGGGUUUUUCCGAGCUAAGAGAGCCGCCCCAAGGGAAUAUUUUGGUCUACAUUUCAACGCCAAAACAUUGCUAUUAUCUCCUCUCUUUUCUUUUUUUUUAUUUUCUUAUUUUGUAGCUCAUCUUUCUUGCCUUUUGAACUUCAUCUGCUGUUAUAGUGUUAUGCAUAUCCUUUGGGACGAACAGUGUAAUGGAAGAGAGCCGUGUGUUUAUA